AUGGGACACUUAGCUGAAGCAGUCACUAUAUCUGAGCAAAAGAAAUUUGCUCUUGCUAUCGUAUUAAUUGAAAUCUUUUGCGUUAUUAUUCAUGGAUGCGUUGCUGUUUAUGAUAACGAUCCUGAUUUACCUGAUAAUGCUGCUCGUUAUCCUAUGUGGUAAGACAUCAAUGUUAUGAUCUUCGUUGGUUUCGGUUUCUUAAUGACCUUCCUCAGAACUUACUAGUUCAGUGCAGUUGGUUAUACAUUUGUCAUUGGCGCUAUUUCUUUCCAACUCUAUCCUAUUUGGGAAGCUAUCUGGAAAUGUGCAUUUGACUUAGAUGCUCCAUUCAAAAUUCAUUUUAACACUUUAACUCUUAUGACAAGCUCAUUCUGCGCUGGUGCUAUUUUGAUUACUUUUGGUGGUAUGAUUGGUAAAGUUUCUGGCUUUUAGAUGGCAGUUUGCAUAUUCUUUGAAACUAUUGGAUUUACCCUUAACGAAAGAAUAUCUAUUAACAUGGGUGUUGCUGAUAUUGGUGGUUCCAUGGUCAUUCACACAUAUGGAGCAGUUUUUGGUCUAAUUUUAGCAAAGAUGUUAAGCCCAAGAAGUUCAUUUGGUCACAAAAAGGCUGAGUCUAACUAUAUUUCAGAUCUUACUUCCUUUAUUGGUACUAUUUUCCUCUACAUGUACUGGCCUUCCUUCAAUGCUGGACCUGCCACACCUGGUUCAUAGGCUCAAAAUAGAGCUUACAUCAAUACCAUGCUCUCUUUAAGUGCAAGUUGCAUGAUGACAUUCCUUAUUUCUUUACUCACUAGAACUGAGGAUAAGAAGUUCAAUAUGAUUGACAUCUAGAAUGCUACUUUAGCUGGUGGUGUAGCAAUGGGUACAUGUGCAAAUAUGAACAUCCUUCCUGUUUGGGCUAUAUUAAUAGGUGCAUUAGCUGGUAUUAUUUCCACUUUUGGCUUUUCUAAAUUAUAAUCCUUCCUUGAAAACAAGAUCGGAUUACAUGAUACUUGUGGUAUUAUGAAUUUGCACUGCAUGCCUGGUAUUCUUGGUGGUGUUUGGGGUGCUGUUGCUGCAGCUAAGGCUAGCUCUCGUGGCGAUAAUGCUGCUUAACUUUUAGAAGUUUAUCCUAAAUCAAGCGAUGCUGAUUGGAGUUAAUCUAAGUAAGGAGGAAUUUAAGUCGCAUUCUUAUUUAUCACUAUUGGUAUUGCUUUUGGCUCAGCUUUAUUCACUGGCUUUAUGAUGAAAUUACUUGGUAAUACUCCUACCCAACUAUUUGAAGAUGGAGAAACCUUCCAUAUCCCAAGAAUCAGAUUCGAAGAUCCUGAAGAAAUCAUCACUAAGAUUCCUAAAAUGCCUCAUAGCUAAGUUCUUCUCGUUACUGAAUAAAAUGGUUCUAAAAAUAACAUAGAUGGCGAAAAGAUUGGUAUGAUUGAAUUACAAAAUGGUGCUAGCAAUACAAUUAGUUAUUAAACAAGUUCAGCUGUAAAAAAUUGA